AACCAGAGGUAUAUAUUUGUUUGGGUUUGACAAAGUUUCUCUCCAUUCUAUCACAAACCAGUUUUACGAAAUGCCGGCGAUUGAAUUGCUGAAACCCGUAACUCAUCGGAAAAACUCUGCAAGUUCGAAUUUUUAUGUAAAAGAAACUGCGAGAUUGAACUUCUGGUGUGGUCAAUCGACGGUUCUUCCUCUCAAACAGCCUUGUUUUGGUGGGAACUCGAUAUCAUUCUCUGUGAUUAGUGUCUACAGGAAAGCUAGGGUUUCGAGAAAUAUUGGAGGAUUUGAUUCUUUGGGAGGUUUUUUGAACAACCAGAGAUGUAAAGACAGAAGAAUUCAGGUGAAAAGUUCUUGUGAGCAAGAUAGCGAUUCGAAGACUAGUUCAAGUGAGAAGAGCGAAGGGAAGCAGGGUGAUAACGAAGGAGUUAGUAAACCAUCAACUGCUUCGUCUUCUGCGUCGUCGCCUCGUCGUGAGAAGCAAGGAAAGAGCAGAUGGUGGAAGGGAGGGAAGUGGCAAUGGCAACCGAUAAUUCCGGCUCAGGAAAUCGGUAUAUUGCUUCUACAACUGGGGAUUGUCAUGUUUGUCAUGAGAUUGCUUCGUCCAGGAAUUCCUUUACCAGGUUCGGAACCAAGGACCCCAACGACUUUUGUGAGCGUACCUUAUAGUGAUUUCUUGAGCAAAAUCAGUAAUAAUCAAGUGCAGAAAGUGGAGGUUGAUGGAGUUCAUAUCAUGUUUAGAUUGAAAUCAGAGCCUGGAAGUCUGGAGAAUGAAGUGAGUGGCACUGGUAAAUUACAGGAAACAGAGGCUUUGAUACGAAGUGUAGCUGCUACUAAGCGAGUUGUCUACACAACCACGCGUCCGACCGACAUAAAGGCUCCGUAUGAGAAAAUGCUCGAAAACGACGUAGAGUUUGGGUCACCAGAUAAGCGCUCGGGUGGAUUUUUCAACUCUGCUUUGAUUGCUAUUUUCUACGUUGCUGUACUUGCAGGGCUUAUCCAUAGGUUCCCUGUAAGCUUUUCUCAGCAUACAGCUGGUCAGCUGAGGAGCCGCAAAUCUGGUGGUUCAGGUGGAGUAAAAGUGUCUGAACAAGGGGAACAGAUUACCUUUGCUGAUGUUGCAGGGGUUGAUGAGGCUAAGGAGGAGCUAGAAGAAAUUGUGGAAUUUCUUAGGAAUCCAGACAAGUAUGUACGACUUGGUGCUCGCCCUCCUCGAGGGGUUCUCCUGGUGGGUCUUCCUGGGACAGGUAAGACUCUUUUGGCAAAAGCUGUAGCUGGGGAAGCUGAGGUCCCCUUCAUAAGUUGUUCAGCAAGUGAAUUUGUGGAAUUGUAUGUUGGCAUGGGAGCAUCUCGUGUCAGAGAUCUCUUUGCAAGGGCAAAGAAGGAGGCACCAUCAAUAAUAUUCAUUGAUGAGAUAGAUGCCGUUGCAAAAAGUCGCGAUGGCCGAUUCCGCAUCGUCAGCAAUGAUGAGCGAGAACAGACGCUGAAUCAAUUGCUUACUGAGAUGGAUGGGUUUGACAGCAGCUCUGCAGUGAUUGUUCUUGGGGCAACCAAUCGAGCAGAUGUCUUGGACCCUGCACUUCGUCGUCCUGGGAGAUUUGAUCGUGUUGUCAUGGUGGAAACCCCUGAUAGGCUUGGAAGGGAAUCCAUUUUAAGAGUUCAUGUUUCCAAGAAGGAACUUCCUUUAGGGGAAGAUGUUGACCUUAGUGACUUCGCUUCUAUGACAACUGGUUUCACUGGGGCAGACCUUGCAAAUUUGGUGAAUGAAGCUGCUCUGUUGGCUGGUAGAUCAAACAAAGUUGUUGUGGAGAAAAUUGAUUUUGUACAAGCAGUGGAGCGUUCCAUAGCUGGUAUUGAAAAGAAACAUGCUAAGCUGCAAGGAAAUGAGAAGGCUGUAGUUGCACGACAUGAAGCUGGUCAUGCUGUUGUUGGAACUGCUAUAGCAAAUCUUCUUCCAGGACAGCCACGUGUCGAGAAAUUAAGUAUAUUGCCAAGGUCAGGAGGGGCAUUGGGCUUCACAUAUUCUCCACCCACUAACGAAGACAGAUAUUUGCUCUUCAUUGAUGAGUUACGGGGUCGCUUGGUCACUCUUCUAGGAGGGCGUGCAGCAGAAGAAGUUGUUUAUUCAGGUCGUGUAUCAACAGGUGCAAUGGAUGAUAUAAGACGUGCGACAGACAUGGCAUAUAAAGCAGUAGCUGAAUAUGGUCUUAACCAGACCAUAGGCCCUGUAUCAGUGGCGAUACUAGCUGGUGGAGGGCUUGAUGAAUCUGGGGGAUCUUCACCUUGGGGAAGGGAUCAGGGUCACCUUGUGGAUUUAGUUCAGAGAGAGGUGAAAGCACUAUUGCAAUCUGCACUUGAUGUAGCACUUUCUGUUGUGCGUGCAAAUCCUACUGUGGUGGAAGGUCUUGGUGCUCAUUUGGAAGAGAAAGAGAAAGUGGAAGGUGAAGAGCUACAAGAGUGGUUGAAACUGGUGGUUGCGCCAGCAGAGCUUACUAUCUUCAUUAGCGGCAAGCAAGAAUCUUUUCUCCCGCUGCAGGUGAGAUCUGGAUAAGAAGUACAACAUCUUCUCCUCUUCGGUGGUGUUUGAAGCAUCUGACAUAUUGAAGUGUUCUUCCCAGUCAUUAAGCUAGAGCAUGAUACUGCCCUUUCACACCGUCACCAAUGACUGCCAACCUUUCUGCUUGGUCAGUGUGAACUCCAUCGUACAACUUUGUAAAUCUCGACGAUGUGCUUUUGGACCCUCUUUGGCAGUGCACAGAUUGUUCUCUCUAUAUUUGUCUAUUUUCUUGGCAGACUUUUUCUUUUCAAUGUUCUUCAGAACAGCACCUAACUCAUUCACUCGAGGCUAGAUGCAAGACGUGUAUGAUCCAGGCAAACGUGCUAGUACGCAGGGGCCAUCAAAGUGUAGUCGCUGUCUUCAAUCUUAAAGAAAGACUUAUUUUGUACUGUUUAUACACAAGUUGGUUGGUGAAACUGUUGUAUAUCUGGCUAUUGUUUCAGUAUUUGGCAAUGUAUAUUCAAUUUAUUGUACAAGCUAUGAUUAAUCAAAUGUGUAAUUUAAUAAACAAAACUUA